AUGUCCCCAUUAAUUGAGCUGGGAGACUUAUUGUCUCCAAGGACCUUUGGGAGUGCACCACUCAAGUCAUUGAAACUAAUAUCUAAAUAUCCUAAAGUUGAUGCAUUAAGGAGAUCAGAUGGAAUGGUGUUGUGCAACAAGUUAUUAGAUACAUCAAGGUCAACGGUUGUGCAUUCAAAUAUUUUUGCACCAAAAGAGCAAUCAGAUAUCAAUUCCGGCAAGAAUAGGCAAACACCCGAGGAAUAUAAUGGGAACGCCAGAGACAUAGAAAUUUCUGUUACAAGGUCAAUGCAGGGGCAGCUAAGAGUCCCAAUAGCAAAACCCGGAAAAGUAGCUGGGCCAGUUGUUCCUUACGAGUACGCGAGUGUGGUCAAGGACUCUUAUGAUCCAAGUACAUUUAUCAGAGGUCUCAUGCUUCCUUCUCAAGCUGUUCACAUUGCUUAUUGUUACCACAGAUCGAGCUCUGGAAAUCAAGAAAGGUCAGCUACAACAGAGUCUGAUAAGGGUGUAUCUGUGCAAGCCAAACAUCCGCAUUCUGAAGUUCGUGCCAAAAUAGCUCCAGAUAUAGCUAUUAAUAUUGAUACAAACCCUUUUUUUAUGACACGGGCAGGAGUGACCGGCAUCGAACAGGAUGAUCGAAUAGCUAUGGACACGAAUCUAAUGCCGACAAAGGCUCAAUAUGGUCGGAUUGGUGCCGCCACAACGGCAACUACUGCUCAUAGAAAGGUUGGUCCUGUUCAGUAUGGCAUGACUGCUAUGUUUUAG